AUGGAACGAGAAGAACGUUUUCCCCAAUUUGUGGUCGGCGAGCAGGAGGAGAUCGAGAAGAACGUUGUCCCCCAAUUUGUCCUUGUCGGCGAGCUGUGUGUAGAACAAGAAGAACACUUACAGGUUGAUUUCAUCAUCACAGAGACACCAUUGACAAGGUUCUCCUCCGAUCUGUUGGUGCCUCUGUACAACUUCGUUCAUUCCACCACCGCUCCGCCAUCGUUGGUCGGAACCAUUGUUCAUCGGAGCCACAUUCGCCGUCAACCACCAGAUCCUCUAUCACCUCGGAUUUGGGUUUACAAGAAAAGCGUUUUUGACUUCAAAAGCAGAGUAGUGGUCUCUAUCACAGAUUCACAGUUUUAAAUAACAGACCUCACCCACAGUGAUGG